AGUCUUCGUGCACUCACCAUGCUCUCCCACGCAGGACCCGCCAGGUUUGCCCUGUUCCUGCUCUGCUUCAUGGGAACUUCACUGACCUCCCAGACGGCACCCAUCCAUCAGCUACACCCAAGUGAUGUGCGGAAAAUCAUCUUGGAAUUACAGCCUUUAUCGAAGGGACUUUUGGAAGACUACCUGAAGAAAGAGAUGGGGGUGCCGGAAUCCAACCAUUUCUUGCUGCCGUGUCUCACCUCUGACUCCCAACCACCACGCAUCAACAGCUCAGCCAUCCUGCCUUAUUUCAGGGCGAUCAGGCCAUUAUCAGAUAAGAACACUAUCAAUAAAAUCAUAGAACAGCUCGACAAACUCAAAUUUCAGCACGAGCCAGAAACAGAAGUUUCUGUGCCUGCAGAUACCUUUGAAAGUAAAAGCUUCAUCUUGGCGAUUUUACAACAGUUCUCGGCGUGCCUGGACCAUGUGUUUAAAUCACUGAACCCAGGACCCCAGCAGGUCAUGCAAGGCCAUCUCAUUGAACCUAUUCCUUCUGGAACAGCAGACGUAUGA